CGCCUUAUUCAUAUAGGUAGCAUGGAAGCAAGAAACAGUACAUCUCUAAUGCAGCUGUAUAAUUGACAGUCAGAAGGUAGAAUAUUUUAAUAUGAUCCAUAAUGCCUUCUGAAGAAUUUUAAAAGCCAAUUUUAAAUUAAGAAACAUGAUGGAUUUAGGAGAAAUAAAAGAAAUGAAAGGUAGGCAUGAGAGUGAAGCUUCUUGGCAGCGACGAAAGAAAUUUCUGAUAGUAUGUCAAUCUCAAUAUACCAAAGACAGGUUGAACACUUUAUCCUAUUGUUAUGUUAAUGUACUACUUUAUGGGUGUAGAUAUUCUGAAAUAUUAAUGGAUGAUUUGUAUGAGAAGGCAUGUGAUGUUGCAAAUUAUCCUUGGGACAGUUCAGUAAAUAUGUCUAAAUGGAAUGAAAUUUUUGAAGAAAAACAGGCUGAAAAUAAUCUAUAUGCCUCUUUUGAGAAUCCAGUAAAAAGGAAGUGUAAAACUCUUACUGAUAAAAGUCAUAGAAAGUUAAAUGAGUUAGAGUUACAAAAUGAACUUUUAAAGCAAUUAAAUAAAGAUAAAGUUGUUGUAAAGACCCCUUUGAAAAUGCAUUUGACACCUGAAAGCAACCAGUACUCCGACAAUGGAAAAGAAAAAGUUUCAGAUACUAAUUCAGCGAAAGGACAAUAUAAAUUUGACUUCAAAGUAGCUGAUGAUUUUCAGUUCAGUUUCAACAGCUCUGAAUCUCAGAAAUACAUCUGCCCAAUUGUAAAAACAAAACCUCAUAGAUCUGAUUUCUCACAACUCAAACCAGAAUCUGGUAUCAGUAAAUUAAGAAAGGCAGUUUCUUCUAUAAAAACAAAUGCCUUUGUGGUUAAGCCAAAAUGUACUAUUAAGUAUUCAACCAAGACUUCUAAUGGAAGUAAGUUCAUCAGUCAAGAGAAAGACCGAAAAAUUACUACACCAAAUAGAAAACUUGUUUGUGAUACACUUUUGUCUGUUUUGAAUCAGAAAUCUGAGGAGAAUAAAAAUGUGUCAGUCAAUGCAUCUUCAAAAGGAUUGAUGAAUCUUAGAAAACACAAUAAAUCUUUGGUAAAAGGAAAUGACGAGCAUAAAGCAUCUAAAUCUGAAACUGAUAGAGCAAAGCUAAGACCAAAAAGUGCUUUCAAUAAAGAACAACUUAUACCUCAGAAUACUACUAAAACUAGUUCCAAAGUAGUAAAGAAAAUGUCUGAACAACAGAAAUCCAGUCUUAAUCAUAGUUGCUUGAAAAAGAAAACUGACACAACAUUAAGUAAACAGUUGAUUGUAUCUAUAGAUAAUGGAACUAGAAGUGUUUCCCUCAAUUCUAAUGGUAAAUCAAAAUCAAUCACCAAUGAGAAGAAUUGUAAAGAUGAAAAGCAGAGGUUAACAGAAACACUAAAGUCACUUGACCAUGGUAAAGGGGAAGAUGUCAGAACAUCUUAUAAAGCAGCAAUAAGUAUUUCAAAAGAUAAAUAUCUUGAUUCUGAAACCUUCAAAGUCCAUGUUAAUGAAAUUAAGAAAGCAAUUUCCUCUGGUUUUCAUGAAAAUCCAAAAAAUGAGGACAGAAAAAUUACUCAGGCUAAUGGUGAUAUGAACUGUAGCCAAAACAGAGAGUCAACAACAUCUCACAAAAUGUCUUAUUUGCAAGGAAAAGAAGCACAGAAUUCCAAGAAUGAAUUACAAAGUCAGAAACACUUAAUAAACAAUAAUGAUAUAUGUCAUGAUAAAAAGAAACCAAAGGAAGAGCCUUGCUUGAAAGAAAUUCCGAAACCUUACAGUGGAGGUUAUUUUCAUGGGAAUGAAAUGCAAAAUUCCUGUGCCAAAACCAGAUAUGAGGGCACGUACAAACAGAAUGAAGAAGAGAACUUGCAAAAGAGGCCAGAAAACAGUAUUAAAUGUAAUAAGACAAGCCAAAGAGACACCACCUGUAAGAGGUCAAAUGAAGAUUCAUCAAUAACAGAUAUGAAUAACAAUGUAGAACAACAAAUGAAAAAGACUUGCAUGUCAGAACCUGUGCCAAAAGAUAAAACUUCAAGUAGGGAAUCUGUUAAUAAGGCAAAGUACUUAGGAAAAAUAUCCUCAAAUUAUCAGAGACAAUCUUGUAAAUCACCUCCAGAGUUUGUGAGGGAGAGAUACAGUUCAGAAUAUAGUGCAUUCAGUCCAAGGUUUAUGGACAGACCAAGUAGGUUUAGAUGGUCUUAUGAUUGUGAAGAAAACUAUAGUUACAACUCUGGAUAUUGGUUUGGACGUGGCUGUAAUAACCCAUACUAUGAUCCUUACAUAGAGUAUUGUAGAAGAUAUGACCCAGAAAGAUUUAUGGCCAGAACAUAUCAGGGUUAUGGAAAUCCAUAUGAAUUGUAUGGUAGAUCAAAAUACAUUCCAGAGUCUGCUAAAGGAUUGCAGUUCAAGACUAAGGAUACCAAUGUUAAAGAUAAACAGACAAAAGGCCUUGAAAGUCAACAAAUAAAACAACUUACACCAAAGAAACCCUAUGGCUAUUGUCUGGAGAAAAGUAUUGAUAAACAUCCUUCAUCCCAUCAUGGAAAAUCUGCAAUAACCAAAGAUCAUGACAACAAUUUGAGUGAAAGAAAGGAUUUUGAAACAGAAAAGUGCUCAGAUGUCAAAAUAGGUCAACACAAGCAGCAAAAAUUGGCAUACACAGAAAGACCCAAGAAGCUCUCAGGAAAAGAAUGUAAUGAGAGAACAGCCAUGUUAGAGUCACUACUAGAUCACAUCAGGAAAACAUGAAACUAUAUUUGAAAGCAUCUAUCAUGUCUAUAUGACCUGGAUACCAUGUUUGUUUACAUCAAGGAGACUUCAUCUUCUAAUGAAAAACCUUUAUCGAUAAAAUUGUGACAUUAUAAAAAUAUUCAAUAUACUGUUAUACUGUGUAUUGUUUUAUAUUUUUGUUCUCUGCUAGAGAAUAGAACUAUUAUAUUGAACUUGUUUAUAGAAUUUUAUUAUUUUUCAUGGUACUUGAUAUUGGUAUAUAUCUUUAUAUGGAUUUAAUUUACUAAUUCAGUAAAGAAUACUGAGACAAAUCUUUUGA